ACAAGCCAAUUUCGACAUAUUUCAAAUCUUGGCACCAGCAUGUCUUCAAUUAACUCAAAUGAUCUGCACCGGAUUUUUGAAAAGCUUGACAAAAAUGGGGAUGGCCUUGUGAGCCUGGAUGAGCUCCAAUGCCUUCUCGAGAGAAUUGGCCUCCACUCUAGCCUAGACGAGCUCGAGUCAUCGUUGGGCAAAACUAGUCUUGACCCCUUUGAUUUUUCGUUCUUUUAUGACAGUGUUGUUAAGAGGAACAUUGGCGAAAGCAAAGACGCCGAGGAGGAUAGCAACACUGAGAGUGAACUUGUUGAGGCUUUCAAGGUCUAUGAUUUGGAUGGAGAUGGCUUCAUUACUAGUGAGGAGCUUCAAAGCGUGUUGUCGAGAUUAGGAUUGUGGGACGAGCAUGGUGGCCAGGACUGUAAGAGCAUGAUUAUUGUUUAUGAUUCCAAUUCAGACGGGGUGCUUGAUUUCGAAGAGUUCAAGAACAUGAUGCUACUGACCAAUCCAUAG